UUAGCAUUUUUUGGUGAAUGCUGUUUCUGUAGGAUGCAUUACUGCAGCACACGUGCAGGCGUUCAGGGCCGGAGCUUCAGAGAUGUACUGUUCUCUGGAUACGCUGCAGACGGAGGCAUGUUCAUGCCAGAGACCAUCCCGUCACUGUCUCCUGAAACACUGCUCACGUGGAGCCGUCUGUCCUACCAGCAGCUGCUGUGUGAGAUCUGCUCCCUCUACAUCCCUGAGCAGGAGAUACCGCGACAUGAUCUAGAGGGGCUCAUUUCCCAGGCACUGUCUAGCUUCUCCAUACCUGAAGCUGUGAGACUGGUUCAGCUAAAUGACUCGUUGUGCAUCCUGGAACUGUUUCAUGGAGAAACGCUUGCGUUUAAGGAUCUGGCCAUGUCCUGUACCUCUCAGUUCCUGCAGUACUUCCUGCGCAAAGAUGGCAAACGGGCCACAAUACUAGUUGGUACGUCGGGCGACACGGGCGGCUCGGCCAUCAGAAGUGUGUUGGGUCUCAGUGAGGUGGACAUAGUGGUGGUGUUUCCCCACAGACGCAUCACCAGAGUACAGGAACGACAGAUGACCACCAACAUAGCGGACAAUGUCCAUGUGUUUGCAGUCAAAUAUUGCAUGUCAGCCGUGUGCCGUGACCCUCUCUGUGUGUUUGUAACUGCAGCUGACGGGACGUCUGAUGACAUCGACGUUCCUCUGAGGAAACUGUUUGCGGAUCCAGACCUGGUGAUUAGUCAUGGUCUCAUGAGUCUGAACUCUGUGAACUGGUCCAGGAUCCUGGUCCAGCUGGCACACUUCCUGUUCGCAUACCUUCAGCUGAGCGUGCCGCAGGCCAAAGAAGACGCUCUGCCCGUGCUUGAGGUGCUGGUGCCCACAGGAGGAGCGGGAAACAUUACAGCUGGAUACAUUCUGAAGCUGAUGGGAAUCCCUCUGCGUCUCGUGGCCGUGGUCAACUCCAACGACAUCGUCCACCGCGCACUCCAGAGCGGAGAUUUCUCUAUGUCCGACUCUGUCAAGCAAACUCUUGCUCCUGCCAUCGACAUCCAGGACCCAUAUAACAUGGAGCGCGUGUUCUGGCUGCUGUCUGGUCGAGAUGGAGUGAUGAUUAAGAGUUUGAUGGAGGAGUUUCAGAGGACACACAAACUUACUCUUCCUGAGUCACUCCAUCAGCAGUUGUGUGAGGUGUUGUCAUCCGGGUCGGUGUCUGAUGACGGGAUACUGGAGGCCAUGAGGAGAUGCUGGCAGGACAAUCACUAUCUCAUCUGUCCGCAUACAGCUGUAGGUGUGUGGCAGCACUAUCACACACCCAUCAGACCCGGAGAAAAAAGAUGCUGCAUAGCGACCGCAUCACCUGCUAAGUUUCAGGAGGUUGUGCAGAAGGCUGGUUUGACCCUUGACCUCCCUGAAGCAGUGCAGCUGUUAGACACGCUGGAGACACGCUAUGAAGUUCUGGAGCGAUCGGACGACUGGGAGUCCAGGCUGAGACGACACAUAGAGUCCAUCAGCUCAAUGAGACGACUCGGAGCAGCAGCAGAGACCAGAGAUUGACAUGGAGAUGAUUUGAUGAGCAUUUCAAAUGCAGGAGUAUCCCAUUUGUUUUCAACACCAGAAAGACUCGCAGCACUUUUUGAUCAAGAAUGUCAUGUUCUGAAGUU